UUAAUUCAAUCAUUUUUAAAUGGUCACAAUAUAUUGUUAUUAGCAUACGGCGUUACAAAUGCUGGUAAAACCUAUACUAUAUCAGGUAGUAAAAAGAACCCAGGUAUUAUUCGAAGAUCAUUAGAAGUAAUUUUUGAUAUCCAAAUGUCAGAUCAAUACAAAUAUUCAAUAGAAAUGAGUUAUUAUGAAAUUCAUAAAAAGAAUCUCAAUGACUUGUUGCUAUAUCCAAACGAUAAGAGAGUUCCAUUAAAAAUCGAGUGUGAAGAUAAAACUGUAAAUAUUAGAAAUCUACAACGAAUUAGGAUAGAUAGUGUCGAAGCUGCUUUAGAUAUCAUUGCCCUUGGGGAAGCCAACAGAAAAGUAGGCAAUACUAAAUUAAAUAACAAGAGUAGUCGUAGUCAUGCAGUUUUGGUAUUAAGGUUAACUGCUAAACCACGUAAUGUUCCAAAAGAAGAAAACCCAGCCAAACGUUGCAGUAAAUUAUGUAUUAUUGAUUUGGCAGGUAGUGAACGUGCUAGUCGUACCGAGGCUGUUGGUGAUCGUCUAAAAGAAGCUUCAAAUAUCAAUACCUCAUUAUUUAUUUUGGGAAAGUGUAUCGAGGUUUAUGUACAGAACAACUCGAAUGUAAUUCCAUGGAGAGAAUCUGAUUUAACAAGAAUUUGCCAAGAAUAUUUUGUUGGUAAUGGUAAAGCUGCUAUGAUUGUUAAUGUUAGUCCAACUAUGCGUGACUCUGAAGAAACUUUAAAUGUUUUACGUUUCUCUGCCAAUGCUAAAGAAAUU